CAAAAGCAAUGGACACCUUGCAAAAUCAGCUGUCAAAACGAUUUAAAUACUGUAACUUGACAUCUAUCGGGAUGUAGCUGCACGAAAUCCUCGGAACAGUUGGAUAUUCUACAACAGAGGAUGUAGAUAUGCUAUUAUAGUGCAUACUCAAUGCCAUGUUGAAGCAGACGAUGGGCUAAUAUGCCCCCAAAAUGAGAACCAUCCUCGACCAAAAAAUAUUCAAUUGACACGGUCGAUGGUUUGGGGAUAUGCAUCAUUUGUUGAUAACCGGCUGUCGAACAACCUUUGGUCAGUCAUGACUUGUUUCACGUCAAGAAAUAUCUUCUUUGCUGCUGUUUUCCUGACAGCUUGGGACCUCUCCAACGCAUCUUGCAGUGGUCGGAAAAUCUUGAAGGGUCAGCGCGGCCAAAUAUCCGAUGGACCAGAUAUUUAUUCAGCCAAUGCACAUUGUGAAUGGCUUAUUGACGCUGGCGGACCCAACAAGACAAUCCAGCUGGAGUUCAAGAGCAUGUCGACAGAGUGCUCGUUUGACUUCCUGUUUGUGUAUGAUGGAGACUCACACACAAGCCCAAUGUUGGCCAGCCUCUCAGGGGACAGUCACCCAUCGCCUGUUAUCGCCACUUCCGGAUAUAUGUUACUGUACCUGUUCACAGACAGAAACUAUAUGCGUGACGGCUUUGAGACGAACUACUUCGUCUAUGACUGUCCCUGGAACUGCACUGGCGGACACUGCGUGAACCACACCUGCAUCUGCGACAAAGAGUACACCGGUAGUGGCUGCGAGCACCGGCUCUGUCCUAACUCAUGCAGCAACAGUGGUGUGUGUGAUAAGUAUGGGCAGAAGAAGUGCCUGUGCAACGAGGGAUAUACUGGGCAGAGCUGCAGCCUCUCCACUCAUGACAACAGCGGGACAGGAAAGUGGUACACACUGGCCGAAAAUGGCUACCCUGCUCAUUACAUCUCACACGGCUUCUUUCAUGACCAGACAGAGUGUUUGUGGAUGUUUGGCGGAUAUGAUCUCAACAACGUCCUAGGCGAUGUAGUCCGCUACUGCAUGAAGGAAAACAAGUGGGAGAGUCUCACCAAAUCUGGAUCCUGGCCAGAGGGGCUUAAUGGCCAUGCAAUGGCUGGUUUUAAAGAAGGGUUCUAUAUAUUUGGUGGCAUCCUUGCCAAUGACUCCCAUAGUAGCGAGUUGUGGUUCUUUAACCUGACCACUCUUGAGUGGACGAAAGCUUUAAACAGCACGGUCAAGCCGUUGCCUGUCACUGGUCACACACUGACCACAGUGGAAAAGUGGAUUUAUUUAUUUGGUGGGAAGACAGAAGAUAGGGUAUUUAUCGAUCAUAUAUACAGAAGCCCCUCGGAGGGGGAACAAUGGGAAAAGGUGCUGGUAAGGGGAGGUAACUACCCUCCAAAAUGUCUCGUAGGACAUACAAUGGUGUAUUACAAGGAAGCCAAGUCUCUGGUGGUGUUUGGUGGAUACAAGCAGAAAAAUUCCAUCAUUAGUCACAGAAUUAAUCAACUACACAUGUUUCAUAUUGAGGACAAUUACUGGUCACAGAUCCAUAAUCAAGAGGUGAACCUGUCUAGUACUCCCGGUGAUCGGGCCUUCCAUUCUGCUGUCAUCCUGGGCAAUUACCUCGUCGUGUAUGGGGGCAAUACUCACCUUCACAACAGCCUGGAGAUAUGCUUUAACUCAGGGUUUCAUUUCUAUCAUCUUGGCUGCCACAUGUGGAUGAAUCAUACUCACUUCACUGGUCUUUCAACUGCAUCAUUACCAAGGACUGGACGGUUUGGCCACAUAGCAGUAGCAGCUUACGGUGAUGUCAUGUUGCUAGCCGGUGGCUACUCUGGAAAAGUCCAUGGGGAUCUCCUUGCUUACAAAGUGCCAAUCGCAGUUGCUCAUCACCAGAUGAUGGCCAUGAUGGAAUGUAGGUUCGAGGAAGAGGCGAAGGCUCGACGGAACCUCUCAUCUGCUGACAACGUGCGCAAACCCUCGGACAUCUGCGCCGAACCUACUCCUCAUAGAUCUACGCCACAAGACUACGUUGGCUUAACGAUACCCUUAUGCGAAGGUCCACAGUCUGACGACUCUGUCAUCAUGGAGGAAGAUAGAAGGCAUGAGAAGUCUACUCACACGCUCGACAUCUACAUCUGCGAACCCUCAACGUUCAAGAAACACCUAAGGAUCCAUCUCCAACACCAAGCUGCUCUAGAUCAAGAUCACACAUCUCUCACAGACGUUCGCGAGAACCAGGUUUACGGAAGCAGGAUUCAACUUGUCGGGAUGGAUCUCAAGAUAGAUGUUCGCGAAGAGCCCUCCCCGACCUCCCCACUGGAAACACCGGAUUGCACAGCAGAUGCAAGUUCUUUGGCAGAAAAAUCAGGAGAGAGUGACAAUCAAGGUCGUGGCGUGGAUGUCAUCAACUCCCCAAGGCUCAGCGUGUACAACGAGAAGUGCAUGUGGUGUGUCAAAGAGGCCAAGUGUCAGAAACAGACAGAUCCGAAAGGAACAUGUGAGUCGGCCAACAACACUGUGUCGGGGCUGGAGGGCUGGUGAGGGACUGAGCGGAACCUCACCACCAUAGAGCAGUGUGUGCUGGAGGACUACCCUGCUGGCCUCCACUGGAUGCACGCUAUAGGAGUCCCAAGAACACCACCUUUCCUGAUGAAUUUAGGAACUUUUGCUGACAUUUGCUUCAGAGUGAGCCUGAUUCGCAAGGCAGAAGCUCGACUGAAGUUUGUGUACAACUUUGAAGGAGAAGUAGCACGGCCAUUUGUGUAUAGUGCUGACAUUAUUGGCUACUUGCAUCCACUGAAUGCAGUUCCUACCCCUGACCGCCAGCUGAGUCUGUACCAUGGUAUUCAGCAGGCUGAGGGAAAGCUCUACCUCAGCCGAGACGAAGCCAGGGAUCACAAGGAACUUGUCUCACAUGUGGAGAGCCAGAAUGAAUAUACUUCUAAAAUGGCUCGUCGUCGUGACAACAGUCCAGUCUUCCCCUACGUUCAGCGUGGCUUCAAGUACUACGUGGAACAAGAAACAGAACAAACAAUAAAAAGCAGCCAGAACCUGAAAAGCAACGAUAUGUUCUAUCCUUCAUCACAUACAAAACUGGCAUGGAACCGAGAAAUCAAAGCCACCUUCAACCAGCCCCGAGACAUCACUUACGAGUUCCUUGAACCAUACAGCAACGGUUCCUGCAGUGGCCAUUACAACUGCCUGUCUUGUUUGACCGAUGCCCUCUGUAGCUGGUGUCCAGCAACAGACACCUGCUUGAGACGCGACACUCUGAACAACGAGUCAGCAUGUAAUGGCCCUCAUGAUCCCUACCUGAUAACCAGCAUGGCUGAGUGCCCGUGCUGUGAUUACUACGUCAGCUGCCACACCUGUGCUUCAAACCCCCUGUGUGAGUGGGUGUCCGGCGAUGGUCAGUGUAAUACGAGGCGUGGACGUGUGGAGCAGACAAUACGCAAUGCUAGUGAAUGCCAUCCACCUUGUCACAUGCGCACCACAUGCAUUGACUGCACCCACGGGCAGGAGAAGUGCGCAUGGUGCAAGAACACCAAGAAGUGUUUGCCGUUCUCUGACUACGUCACACGUUACCUGAUGGGGGAGUGCACAGGCUGGGUGGACAACGACCGCAAGGGCAUCAACUGCAGCGACUGCUCCCACUACAACACGUGCAAGUCCUGCAUCCAGAACUAUGGGCAUGGGUGUGGCUGGUGCGGCAGCACAGAGAACCCCACCAUCGGGGGUUGCCUCAAUGGAGACUUCUCUGGUAUGUCACGUACAUCACCUCUGUCCCAGUGUAUAGUAGGGGUGAAACGGUACACUCUUACCACGGUGCCGUAUGUAUUGCAGUACAAGGUCUUCGGUUUGGUCCGUUUCGGUUCGGUACCGAAGUAUGUGCCCCCUCUGGCCGGCCACAGUCUCACUGAAGUCGGGGAUGCCAUGCUGAUUGUGAUCGGUGGCUUCUCCACAGAAGACUACUUCUCAGACAUGGUGUUUGAAUACAAGGUGGAUGAGAAGAAGGACAUGAGGUGGAGGCUGUUCGGGAUGGAGCUCCUCCGUGGUGCUAUCCCUGUUGGUCUGUAUGGCCACAGUGCAGUGUUUGAGCCCAUAUCACAUACAAUCUACGUUUAUGGAGGCUACAUGUACAAAUCCGGCAGCUGGUAUGUGUCCCGUGACCUACUGCACGCCUAUGACGUAGUUGCUUCAAUGUGGAGUUUGCUGGUUCCGGAGGGGAAUGGCGAGGUUACUGCCAGGGCCUUUCAUACUGCCGUGCACUUGGAGGACAAAAUGGUGGUCAUCGGUGGCCUGGAGGCAGACGGGAGUCGCGUUGGACAUCUGCUGAUUUACAAGUAUCGCUGCAACACUAGGCACAAAGUUGACAAAGACCUCGGAACAGGACUUGAGGCAGCAGCAGUUGUGGGCAUCAAAGCUGUUGUCAGCGACAAUAACAUCUACCUCUUUGGCGGCUUCUCUGGCACAACAGUUGGCACUAUGUCUCGUCUUACUGUUCCUGAUGAUGUCUGCAAGCUGAUCGACACGAAAUACUGCAAUCUGCAAGGGUGUUCACUCUGCACCAGCGUGGUGGAGGGCAAGGAGAACGAGUCCAUCUGCUAUUCCAGUGAUGGAGAGAAACCUGAAGGUUGUACGAGUGAGGACAAGAAGCUGAAGUGUAACAACCUGUGGUACAACAGCACCAACUGCUACAGAUACACCUCCUGCAGCCAGUGUCUGGCAGUCUACCCUCAGUUCAAGGACCAGUCUCCGAAGUGCCAGUGGUGUCGUAACUGUCCAGAAGGCAAGUGUAUCAGGAAGGAUGCUGACUGUAAAGAGGAGACGAAGUGUAACGGCCAGCAGGACUCCAUCCACACUGCCAAGAAAUGCUUCCAAUACUUGUGUCCCUACUCUAACUGUGAACGAUGUACUGAACAUGAGAGUUGUGGCUGGACCAGGAAUGUCAAGAGAUCAGGGGAGAGCAACCGCUUCAUCAGUGGAGAUCCGAUUUAUGACUGGAACUGUGUGGCAACAUCUCUCCUCUCCAAGAAGGGGAACCACAGUAACUCCAUGCCCCCCAACAACUGCACGCGGCGCUGCUACACCUUCAAAACCUGCGACAUGUGUCUGGCCUCAAGUGGAGGGGAAGGGGGUUCUCAGGAGUGCAUCUGGAGUGAGACUCUACAAGAGUGUAUGCCUCCUGCCUACCGCCCUCUUCGAUGCUCAUUUGGAGAAUGUGGGUUUGUCAUCCAACAGAGGAAAAAUAAAACCCUUCAACCAACUGCUCGUUGCCCUCUGCCCUGUGGCAACCACACCAAGUGUGCUGAGUGCAUUACAGCACCUGGGUGUGGCUGGUGUGCAUUCGGGGGACAGAAUGGCCUGGGGGUGUGCAUGAAGGGGGGACGAGCUGGACCAUCUGGCGGGGCCUGUCUGGAUGACCAUCGGAUGGAGAUGCACCUCAGAAAGACGGAUAAAUUUACAGAAACACAGUCCGACGGAGUUGCUGGUGCCCACAUCUGGUCCUUUGACAGCUGCCCACCUGAGAAUGAGUGCCUCAAUGGUCACCACACCUGCAACGAGAGAAGACAGAGCUGCAUUGACACUCCCUCCCACUUCAAGUGCGAAUGUAAGAGCGGAUAUGUGGCCACUCAGCAGGGUGAGCAGUGUGGACCAGUGUGCCACCAGCGCUGUAAUCAAGGCAAGUGCGUCCAUCCUGACCAGUGUGAGUGCAACUUCGGUUGGGUCGGCGUCAGCUGCAACACGGAGUGCCAGUGUAACAUGCACAGCAACUGUGAGGAUGAAACAAAAGCUGAUAACUGCACCCAGUGCCUCAACAAUACUCAGGGAAAAGAUUGUGGAGAGUGCAAGGAAAACUUUGUGGGCAAUCCGAAGAAGGGAGGAAAGUGUAUACCUUGCCAUCAGUUCUGCAACAACCAUACUAACAAGUGCAGGCUGGAUAAUGACCCACUCAGCAAGAGCAGACGAGGGCCAACGGAGGAUGAAGCUAUAUGUGUGGACUGCCAGCAUAAUACUCAGGGCGUGCACUGCCAGAUGUGUAUGCAAGGACACUUCAGACUGCAGGAAGAACCCAAAACUAAAGAGUGCACUGCGUGUCAGUGUAACGGCCACAGCAACAUGUGUAACCGACAGACUGGGGAGAGUUGUCUGUGUCAGAACAACACGGAGAGCAAGUGUGACAAGGACAGUACAGAGCCAUGUUGGCAGAGACAGUGUUCUGAGUGUCGGGAGUACUUCAUGGGGACCCCCACCAACAACCAUCAGUGUUACCGCCAGAUGACUGUAGACAAGGAGUAUUGCUUCGACCCGGAGACACAGAACAACUGCAACCGAGAACCUAUGGCCCUCAGACAAGGAAGAACGGUCUUUUUUGCAGUCCAACCAAAAUAUCUGAACGUCAAUAUUCGUAUUACAAUAGAUGUAACGAUGGGAGGGGUGGAUGUGUAUUUCUCUAACAAGGAAAACACAUUCCGUGUGAUAGUUGGGAAGGGGACAGGAAUCCACUCAGUAGACAUGGACAAGGAAGCACUGGAAAGCAAGUUAUCAGCUGUAUCUGUAUCACAAGGGUUCUUCCAGGACGAAAGAAAAGCCAAUGAUCUGAACACUUUCAUCACAAUCUAUCGACAGAACACCAUCCUUAGAGUCCGUGAUGUUAGAUUCCGACUUAUUAUAACCCUACCCCGUGACAAUCAUGAGCUGCGAACAGCUCGUUUCUACUUGAUUCUGAAAAGCCAGGGUGAUGGAAACCAUAACGUGACAUACGGCAGUUUGUAUUUCCGCCAGGAUCAGCCUCACAUCGAUCUGUUCGUCUUCUUCUCUGUCUUCUUCUCCUGCUUCUUCCUCUUCCUCGCCAUGUGUGUUAUGUUGUGGAAAAUGAAACAGGCCUUCGACGCACGGCGCACACGCCAACUACGAGCACGGGAAAUGGAGUGCAUGGCAUCACGGCCAUUUGCCAAAGUUCUUUUACUAGUGGAGCCUGAACACUCCAUCUCAAUGCCAGCUAUGAUACCUAAAAGGACUCGUGCAACGAAAAUCACUCGAAAUAUUCACCAGAUCGAAAGCCCACUUCAUAUCCCCACGUACCGGGAUGACCAUUUGAACAUUAAUCCCAUAGCAAUAGAGCCAACUGACGACGGCGUAGCAGCAGUCGGGACAGUUCUCAUUCAGUUACCAGGGGGGAACAGUGUGCCCUCAAAACUGUGUCUAGGGUCUGCAUUAACAAUGCGAAUUAACCCACCAAUUUCUGCAACUAAGAACAUGCGGCGCAGGCCGAGUGCAUCGUCUUGUUGAUUGUUGCUGUCAUCGUGCAUGUGGAUGAAUGAGACCAAAUCUGUGUCAAAGUGAAUGGAUUCAACUUGUGAUUCUUGGGAAUUUUGCAGAUUUCACAUUUUACAUUUUUUUCCAGAAUGUCUGUUGCUGUUCUCUUUACCAUUUGUAAUGGUUACACUUGUGUCGAUGACCUCCAGUUUGUGUCUGUGGGUUACAAUUGUUACAUGUGUGUCGAAGACAUUUCAAUCUCUGUCAGUAACCGGUUACUAUGGUUAUGUAUGUGUCAAAGACCACCAAUCCUAGUUGGUACUAGUGACAGUGGUUACGAUCUGUCAAAGACCUUCAAUUUGUGUCCUUGGAUACCAGUUAGCGUGGUUACGAUGUGUCAAAGACCUUCAAUUUGUGUCUGUGGAUUAGCUUGGUUACGAUGUGUCAAACACCUUCAAUUUGUGUGGUACCAGUUACCAAGACUACGAUGUGUCAAAGACCUCUAUUCUUUGGCUGAUGGUUUGAGAGCCGUCAAGCAAAUAAGGGAGGAGUAACAACUGCCAUUUCACGACAUGUUUCUCUUGUGGCACAGGUAUCUUUCCAGUAUCCUAGCCCAUAUUUAACCUCGGUUUUUUUGUGCAAGGGAAAUUUUUUGGUGAUGAUUCCAUGACAUAAUGUCACUGUCAUGGCAAACUGUUCCCUCCGAGAUCCUUCAGUGUGAUAUAUAUUAACAAGAAUUACUUCAGAGAUAGAACUUAAUAAGCAGAAAUGCCUUUUUAAACAAAUACUCUAAAUGUUGUGGCUGAUCUGCAUGGAAAGUUACGUUCUGUCUCUGUAAAUUAAUUGUAAUGGCAUGUUAAUUUUACUUUUUUAUUCAACAGUUUGUUUUGAAAUGUUGGUAAAAUUUCACAUUAUGUCAUAUCGAUAUUUAGCGAUUGUCAUAAUACAUCAUGCCAUUUUACGGUGUACAGAAAUUUGUAAAUCUGACUGAGGUAAUUAAGGAUUUGCUUUUCACCUGGAAGUGUCACAUUGUAUCAUGGGAUAUCAACAUACCUGCCACAUAAAAGAAAUUUGCUUAUGAGCAAACAGUUUGUGAAAUGAUCAUGACGGACAUUGCACUAAAGACAUGAAACAUGUCAUUAUUUGUAGACUUUGCACGAUACGUGAUGCAGCAUCACUUGAGUAGCAUGGGCUCUUGACCAGUUCUGCAAGUGCCUUCCUGAGUAAUUUGAAUAGUCUGUUCUGAUGAAAAUCAC